GAUUGGGAAACGGCAUCAGAAUCCAGUGCAAAAAUGCGUAAUGGAAAUAAUUAUGAACGAAGUGGAAGUGGAGCUGGUUUAAACAAAGAACGAGAAAAUAUUACAUUAAUGAAUGAUAAACUAGGCAACGGUGGUCAUUAUCAAGGAGAUCGAACACCGCCAAGAAAAAGUUAUUCUAGUCAAAGGCCCAGUGCGCGACCGAUAUACAAAUAUACAAAUGCAUAA